AUGGACGGUGGAUACAACAGCUUUGGCGGCGGCGGUGGAGGCUUCAUGCCCGGCGAGACAAACAGCCCCUCGGGAGCCAAGAGUGGCGACCGGGACAACAAGACCCUCCGCCCCGUGACGGUAAAGCAAAUCCUGGACGCCUCCCAACCCUACCCCGAAGCCGCAUUCCAGAUUGACAGUGCCGAUGUCGCCAAUGUCCUAUUCAUCGGCCAAGUCCGCAACAUCAGCUCCCAAAGCACAAAUGUCACAUACAAGAUCGACGACGGCACAGGUGAUAUUGAAGUCAAGAAGUGGAUUGACUCGGCGACUGCCGACAACAUGGAUACCGACGACGGUAAAGCCCCCGGCGAUGGAAAGACUGAGGUUGAGCUCAAUGGUUACGCUCGUGUCUUUGGAUCUAUCAAAUCGUUUGGAAACAAGCGCUACGUUGGUGCUCACAGUGUCCGGCCUUUGACUCAUAUAGAUGAGCUGCAUUGCCACCUGCUGGAGGCGACUGCGGUGCACUUGUUCUUCACUCGAGGCCCGCCGGGUGGUGCUGCGCCUGGAAACACCACCGGUGGGGAUGCUGUGAUGGGCGGCGCGGAGGAAUACGGCACUGGCCAAAACAAGGCCCUGGCGACCAUGUCGCCUGUCGCGAAGAAGAUUUAUACUCUGCUCAAGUCUGAGCCGCAGGAUGAGAGCGGUCUGCACCUCCAGGUUAUUGCGGCGAAGCUAAACUUGCCUGCUACCGAGGUCUCCAGGGCUGGCGAAGAACUGCUUGGCGCGGGUGUGGUCUUUUCCACUCUGGAUGAGCAGACAUGGGCCAUCCUGGAGUACUAG